AUAAAACUGCCUCCCCCAUUCAAAAAUCUCUGCCCUUAGAGUGAUUUGCGGGAGCUGAGCUGGCUGGGCAUUUGGGCGGCUUUUUUCUCUCUCCUUUUUGGAACCCGAACCAUAAACGUGUUCCUUUCUUCCCUGAAACCUAUUCGCCCUUCCUGCAGCACCGGCGAACUCAGCAAAAGGAUUUUUUCUCCCUGGGGACGAUUGGUAUGGGACCCUUUUCAUUUUGGAAGAGGAUGAUAGGGCAGGGGCUUUUCGGCUUCUUCUUCCUUCUCUUCCCCACUGAAUCGAAGGCAAAGUUGACAGGAGCGGUUCCGAUCUUCUCCGACAGGGUCAUUCUGGACAGAGGAAUAGGGGGAGGGUUGGAAGGUUUGGGGUUCGUUUCUGGGUAGGUCGGCGGCGAAUUGAGGAGGUAACAGAGGUUGCUGGCUCCGGUCUUCUUCUCUUCCUCUAACCCCGUUUUUUUUAUAUUUGUGGAUUUGCUUUCUCUCCUCCUAUCUGUUUUGUUGGACAGCGAAGACAACGACAAAGAAGUAGAAGGUUGCGGAGGAGGACACAGGAGACGACGGCGAAGAAAAUGAUGCUGAUAUUGUGCGAAUUCGUUGUACAUUCCCUCCAUGCCAACAACAAGUUUCGCCAUCGGCAACUGCUGUCCCUUUUAAUUUUUUCAGCGUUUCUUUUGGGGCGUUCUUUAUGUGAUUACCUGAUUUCUGCUAUGGUUAAUUUAUGCGCUUUUGUUAUCUCAAAUCAAUGAAUCUGCUCAGUUAUCUGCUGCUAAAACAUACUGCAAACCUCCGCUUUAGCGGCGGUGGUUCAACUGGGCACAAUUGUGUAAUUAACAAGGGCAUCUAUCAGCGACUCGUGUGUGGCACUAGAGAAGGAUGUUCCUGCUACAACUCAAGAACUCGAAACAAUAUCACCACUUCUGAUGAAACCAUAGCACUUGACAUCACUUACAUGGUAGCAAAUGUGCGUCAGGGGGUAAUGGAAUCAACAGAAUCGAUGACAGUAUUUUGACGAGGAAGGCUUUUUCUCUCUUCAGAUUUGGUGCUUUCGUACUGGUGAAUUUAGUUGUUAACUCUCUCAAAUAUUGCCUAGAGCUGCCUCUAAGGCACUUGAUCAGGUUUUCUUUUGGAUAUAGAGCAGGUCUCAGUGAUUGAAGUUUUAAGAUCCUAGAGGUAU